UCCAUGCCCAUUCAGUUUAUAUGGAUGACGUAUGUCGACUUAUCGUGUUAGUCUCUGAUUGGAUUUACAUCCGAGAGCGUCAUCUCACCAAGACAAUUGACUACUCAUUCGGGCCAAGUUCCACGUCUCGUCUUGAUGACUGAAGCCAAACUCUCGAGAGGAUUCUUGGGACCAUACUCACAGUCGGUGCGAUUACAGGAGAUAAAGAAUGCCGAAUUAGUGGACUAGAAACCCCAAAGCUUUCUUGGCCAGCUGCAUUAUCCUUGCACGUGGACGUGAUUUGUGUCGUUUUAGAAUUUAGACUGGAGAUCAUGCGCAUCAAUAUUUAUAAUUUAUGGGCUGAUUGCCGAAUUCAAGCUCAAGUUUGGUGCGGCACAAACGAUAGGACCACCGCCAAGCCCGCGAAAACCAGCAGUGUUUGAUUCUGUAAGAGUGAGAAGGUAGCACAAGGAACCCAUUUGGAGGGUGGGUGUGGGUGAAUCUUUUUUGACUUUGUAGGUGCCUCGAAAGCAGCGGAAUGUCGGAUAUUCAAAACUCAAAAGUGAAGCCUAGAGAAAAAAAACGUUGUUUCACAUUGCAGUCUAUGCACGAAUUCCAAUACUGGAACAAACUAGUUAUGUUGGCUCGCCAGGGCAAAAAAAAAAAAAAUUAUAUAGGUACUGAUGAUAUUGAGAUGGGGGAGAUUCAAAAAAGGCAUUUGCCUCCGCUGGGCUUUGAAAUUCAAAAAAGGGCUUUGAAGGGUGAGUGGAGCGAAGAUAAAAGCGAAAAAGCCAGUCAGCCAGCAACAACCAGCGAGCAAAGUGAGCAGCGAGGAGUUUUGAGGCCUAGGCGUCAUCUGUACAUUAUGACCCAACUUUCAGGUCAUUAUUAUUAACCGAAGAAAACGAUUGUUGAACACCAUAUUUUAUUUAUUUAUCUUCGCUGGAUAAUGGAGUUCUACAUUUCAAAACGAUACUUUGUCUACAUGUGAAUCGCUAUCAGG